GCGUGCGUGUUGAAGACAAGGCUACUUGAUUUUUUUUCUCUCCCUACAAACAGUACAGAAUUACUGCUUGGCGUGGCGUGCUGGUAAUAGUCAAAGGCGGCAGGUGGGUAGUUAAUAUAAGCACCCAACGAAGUUUGUGAUCCGGGUUCGUCAGCCCAUUUGAUCUGGCCACGUUCAGCGGCGAAAUGAACGACUGUGCCUUACCGGGCCCGGGCCGGGUAUAUAUUUGCGUGGAUCCGUCGAGAUAUGCAUCCGCAGAGCGACGCAGCCGCUCCAACACUUGUGUACACAUUCCCUCUCCAUCCUACCACACUGGCACUGGCAGUCUGGCACUACCAGUCGUCCGUCGUUCCACCAGCAGCUUCCCUUUCUCAUCCCCUCCCCGUGUCUUUCCCUCCACGUUGACCACGACUUUUUCGCCUCCUCCUCCGCUCCACCAGCCACCCGAGGCCGCCACUCCACCGGCUUCCCACCCACUGGCCACUGCCGCCGCGCCCCCACCGGCCCCGGCGCCCCACCUGUCACUGUGCCGCGUGCGUGCCCACGCCGCGACCACCUCACAUCCCCCACCUACGACGCAACUUCCCACGCCCAUCACAACCGCCACCGCUUUAAAACCUCCUCCUCACACUCCCCUCACUCACACAGCGCCACGCCAAGCAACCAGUAACCACAGCCAGCCACCACCGCGAGAACAAGUCGCAGCCAAGAGAAGUCGUCCUCGCGCGCGUCUCGAUCUCCCAGCGAAGCUAGAGCUUGCCGUGUGCCGUGACUUCCAUGGAGCUACUCCACGCCGUCAUCCAUGGAGCUGCGACGACGACGACGACCACCACCACCACCACCACGAGCAGCAGCGCCACCGUCACCAGCGGCGACGAGGGCGCCCACCUGCCCCAGGGGUGGGCCAAGAAGAAGCGCUCGCGGCGCCAGCGCUCAGAGGAGGAGAACCUCGCGCUGUGCCUGCUCAUGCUCUCCCGCGGCGACCGCCACCGCGUCCAGGCGCCGCCGCCGCCGGUCCCGUCCGCGGAGUUCAGGUGCUCCGUCUGCGGGAAGUCCUUCGGCUCCUACCAGGCGCUGGGGGGCCACAAGACCAGCCACCGGGUCAAGCUGCCGACCCCUCCUGCCGCUCAUGUCCAGCUCCCGGCACCACCGGCAGUGGCCCUCUUGGUGGAGGCCCCCGCACCACCACCAGUCACUGCCACCCCGCCCCCGCUGCCGCUAGUCGCGGUCGCCGUCGCCGUCCGUGAGCCGGCCACGUCGUCCACCUCCGACGGGGCGGCCGCGGGCAGAGUGCACAGGUGCACCAUCUGCCACAAGGAGUUCCCGACCGGCCAGGCGCUCGGCGGCCACAAGAGGAAGCACUAUGACGGAGGCGCCGCGGCGGCCGAGACGUCCGAGGUGGGGAGCUCCGGGAACGAAGGCUCCGCCGCCCGCGCGUUCGACCUCAACCUCCCGGCCGUGCCGGAGUUCGCCUUCCGGUGCGGCGCCAAGCCCGGCAAGAUGUGGGACGAGGACCAGGAGGUGCAGAGCCCCCUCGCCUUCAAGAAGCCCCGCCUCCUCAUGACCGCGUGAGCCUGAGCCUGAGCCGAGGCGCGGAUCUGAUGUUGAUCCGCACGAGACUUUUUUGGAUGUUCGGUGGAACACUAUUCGUUCGUUCAUUCGUGUGGCGCCCGCCAGUGCUAUUGUUUGAUUUGUUGAUGCUCUUCUUGUACAGUACAGAGAGAGCUGGUGUGAGAGAUGCGUAGUCACCACACUCACGCAUAGUAUACCAUACAAUACAUAUAGCCAUAUAGGUCUUCCUGUUCCUGGGAUCUGUAUCCUUAGCUGUCAGUAUAGUGUAGUCCAUACAUACUUCGUUCUCAUUGCAAGAGAUGAUUGAUGGAUUAGUUAGUGCUCUGUAACAUAAGCUUAUUUAUAAAUGGAUUAAGAUUACUGUGGAAUCAGA